GCAGAAGAGAGAGACUGAGGGAGGGGGAGGGAGAGUAGGAGUAUACAAGCCCAGAGAGGUAUUCCUGUUGGUUGAACGCUCUGGUAGGCUGUCCCUCUCUUUCAGCAGGACUUCAUGCACACACACACACACACACACACUUACACACUGUUGAUACAGACGCACGCUGUGGCUUUGGCACGGAGUGACUUCUCUUCCACCAGGACUUGAGUUUGUUUCGCUGCUGAACUCCACAGUUAAGACUCGACGACUCUACGGGAGUUUUCACGCAUGUACGCAGCUGAGUUCCAGUGUGUGAGCGCACCGAUGCAGGAUUAACAGCCAGGGACUCCACUAGAAGCCGGUGAGGAGCAAAGAGGAGGACAGCCUGUGUGGAGUUGCCGUGGUUUUUCUUCCCCCCCCCCCCUCACCUUUUCUCUGCCCUGCCGGUGGACGAGGGGCUGUAUCAGAACUACGCCUUUGGACCUCUCACCUCUCAACCCCCCACCCCCCCUCCACACACACACACUCCCGAACCUGCCGUGGUCUCCCUGUGGGUCAGUCAGCCGGACUGAUGUGGAAUGCGACCCCUCCUGACCCCAGCCCACAAGCCCCCAUUCACUGAGCUGCAGCGGAAAGAGGGUGCAUAAAAGAGCCUGGCGAGAGAGGGUCCCUACAACAGCCAGGAGGAAAAGAGACAGAAGAAGAGAAGUAACAGCAGCAGCAGGAGGAGCCUUUCAGACUGCAGCCUCCGCCGCCGCUGCUGCUGCCGAUCCCAUCAUGCCCGUGGAGACGCUGCGGCCGUGUGACGGGCGCCUGGGCACCGGGGGCCCUUUCACCUCGGCCAUGCCCUUCCGCAUCCUCAACAGGGGCCCCAACUACUUCCGGCGGCCGGCAGAGCCGGGAACACGCAAGCUGAGUGCCGUGGAGCGCCUGGAAGCCGACAAGGCCAAGUAUGUCAAGAGCCAGCAGGUGGCGCUCACACGGCAGGAGCCCGUCAAGCCGCCCAUCAUCCGCAAGCCGCUCAUGUCGCCCGGCAUGAUGCUGCAGUGCCGUAUCAGUACGCCGCCGGCCCGAAAGGUCCCCCGCCGCCCCCUCAUGCACCUGGACGCUGAGAACGGAGGCGAGGGGGGCCUGGGGUCCCGCAGGGGGCCUCACCUCAACCUGGAGAUCCUCAACAACCUCAUCAACGUGUGUGACGGCCCGCUGCCCUCCCCGUCAUCCUCACCUUCACCCAUCCCUUCAUCGCCCUCGCCCUCGCCCUCGGCCUCCUCACCCUCUUCCGGGUGCAAGCGGCCCGGAGGUGCCCCCUGUCUGGAGCCUCAGCACCCCACGGGCGCCACCCCGGUGUCCUCCUGCACCUCGUCGCCCCUCAAUGGCCACGUGGACCGCCGACCGCCCCCCAUCCCAGCCCGGGCCCCGAGAACGGGCGCUUACAGCUCUCCGAACUCCGUGACGGUGCGGCGGGUGGACGUGCGGCCCCAGGCGGAGGUGCGCAAGCCCCCCAGGAUGUUCCUUCACAAGCCCCGGCAGAUUGCCCAGCCUCAGGUAGCCCAACCACAGGCCCCGCCGUCACUUCCUCCUCCUCCCCCUCCUCCCACCACUACCACUACCACCUCCUCCUCCCCCUCCCCUGCAUCCCUGCCCUCAUCUCUCCUCAGCCCACAGCCUCCUCUUCCUGAUGCGCCUCCCUCCUGCCUGCCCUCCAGCCCCCUGUUGCUCCGCGCAGCGGGCGUUCUCCCCCCGGCAUCCCCGGCCUUCACGCGCAUCUCCUCGGCCAGCUCCCGCGGCUCGGCCCGCAAGCACCCGUCGCUGCACCGCUCCAAGUCGGACCUGAGCGACCGCUACUCGCGUGCCACCGCCGACCUGGAGCGCUUCUUCAACUACUGCGGCUUGGACCCCGAGGAGGUGGAGGGCAUGGGUGGCGUGGAGUGCUUCGCCCGCGCCAGCUCUGACAUCGUCUCCAUCUCCAAGCUGCACAGCGUCAGCACGCCCAGCUCCGAGUGUGGCGACGGCGGCGGCGGCUACGGCGGCCGAGGAAGAGUAGGUGGAUGUGAGGACAAUUAUGAUGACGAUGAUGACGAAGGCCCGCCCAGGCCCAAUGAGCGCGUGCCCUACAGCAUCUCGGUCAUCGAGAGGAACGCCCGCGUCAUCAAGUGGCUUUACGGCAUCCGCCAGGCGCGAGACAUCUCGCAGAACGUUUCUAACGUCUAGAUGUUCACAUGGUCAUGUUUGUCUACACAGGAGGCUGGACUUCAGGACGGACAGGAAUAUGCAUUGGGGAAAAAGACUGACUUGUAUAGCCCCCUUGUUUUUGUUUUGUUUGUUUGUUUUUUUUUUAUAUGGUAUAUAGCUUAUUUAUUAUUUCCCUGAGAACAUUUAGAGCCCCCUUUGUGUCCAUUUUUCUUUGUAUAUUUGUGUGACACAGAGAGAUUUUUCUUUUCUUUUGCCUUACAGUAAGUUAAAGGAUAUAUUUUUGAUGUUGUUGGGGGACUCCUGUGCAUUAACCUUCAGACAUGGGACUGAUCGCUCUCCUGAAAACGUGAUGUCACCAUCAUUACCUCAGAGGCGAAAGGCUAGCACACUCUGCGUAAGGACUAGUGAAUGAUGGGGGGAUCGUUACUAAAGCAAUAAUAAUCGCAAUGAUGAUGAAAAGCUUUUGAGUGAGUGAGUGAGUGAGAGGAGGAGGAUGAGGAUGAAGGCAGCAGUAGACCUGCUGUGAUCUUGCUAAUGUUCAGGUACUUUAGUCUGUGUUAAACCACAGCAGUGGUGUGGCUGUGACCUUUGAACCCCAGGUGUUGCUGUCAGAAAUCUGGUGCUACUUUGAUCUCUGAGCGCUGAGACCCUUGGCCAGUUCAGGACACAGUUACGAUGACUGAUGAAUUGAUUGAUUGACAGCUGUCAUUAUCGGGUUCAUCAGGUCACAGCCUCCCAUGGCUGUGGAGAUUGCAGAAAGCAGGUGAAGAAUCCAAGAUAUGCACAGCAUGGCAGGUGAUAUUAAACCAACACACAGACAAACUCUCUCACACACACACACACACACACACACACACACACACACACACACACACACAUGCACGUAGUACUGCACACAUGUAGUUGAACACAACACAACUGCACACUUCCACGCAGACACUAAAUGCGGUUCACUGGUAUCUGUACGAUGGAACAGUGUGUAUGUGAGUGUGCGACUGAGAGAGCUUGUACAGAAAUGAUAGCAAAGAAGACCUUAAUAAAUACUGUGAAAAAAAGAUAUCUUCCAUGGAAAAAAAGAAACACUUUUUUAAAGUUACCAUGGCUGUUAGACUGUUAAUGCUGUUCAUGUUUUGCGAUGCAUGAAGAGGAGGAACCCUUUUAGCAUGAGUGUGUGUGUGUGUGUGUGUGUGUGUGUGUGUGUGUGUGUGUGUGUGUGUGUGUGUGU